UCUCGGUCAUGUGACUGUGACAUGACGUUAAAGCACUUCCUGCUUCUUAAUUCCUGAAAGGGAGACAGCGGUUUUCUGGUGUAUGCAAUAGCGAUUUUUAAGUUAACAGUAACCGUAAAGACUAUACAAAUCGUGGUUGAACGCAGAGCAUUAUCCAUUGCAGAAAUGUUAGCCCGCUGGUUUCAGGCAGUGUGUUUAGUGGCGGUAACAGCAGCAGUGCCGAUUGACAGAUCCAAACAAAGUGCAGAAGAGGAACAAGUUGAGGAACAAAAAGUAGAGCCUCCGGAUACUGGUCUGUACUAUGAUCGCUACCUCCAUGAGGUGAUUAAUGUUCUAGAAACGGACAACCAUUUUCGGGAAAAACUGCAAACUGCCAAUGCAGAUGACAUCAAGAAUGGAAAGUUGAGCAAAGAGCUGGACUUUGUUAGUCAUCAUAUCAGGAGCAAGUUGGAUGAGCUAAAACGACAGGAGGUGUCCCGACUCCGCAUGCUUAUUAAGGCAAAGCUCGAUGCAACUAUGGGUGAAAAUGCCCAGGUUGAUCACAUGUCACUGGUGAAACGUUUUAACCAUAUUGAUGCCCACAACCAGGAUACUUUUGAGGCCAAAGAUCUGGAGAUGCUCAUUAAGACGGCAACCAAAGAUCUUGAGAAUUUUGAUUCUGCCCGGCAUGAGGAAUUCAAACGUUAUGAAAUGAUGAAGGAACAUGAGCGAAGGGAAUAUCUGAAAACCUUGGAUGAGGAAAAACGUAAGGCAGAGGAGGCCCAUUUUGAAGAAAUGAAGAAGAAGCACAAAGACCACCCAAAAGUUAAUGAGCCGGGAAGCCGUGAUCAACUAAAGGAAGUUUGGGAAGAGACAGAUGGUUUAGAUCCUGAUGAAUUUGACCCCAAAACAUUUUUCAACCUCCAUGAUACCAAUGGUGAUGGAGUACUGGAUGAACAAGAACUGGAAGCUCUCUUUACUAAGGAACUUGAAAAGGUGUACGAUCCUAAAAAUGAAGAAGAUGACAUGGUUGAAAUGGAGGAAGAAAGGUUACGCAUGAGGGAGCAUGUGAUGAAAAAUGUAGAUGCUAACCACGAUCGCCUCGUCACUCUGGAGGAGUUCCUGAAGUCUACCGAGAAGAAAGAUUUCAACAAUAAUCACGACUGGGAGACUGUGGAUGAGCGUCCUGUUUAUACCGAAGAGGAACUGCGCCGGUAUGAGCAGGAACUGAACAGGCAGGAGGCAGAACUAAAUAACCGUGCGGAACAGCUGCGCAAGGACCAUGAGGAGCUACAGCAGAGACAGCUGGAACUUGAUACCCAGAAAAAGGAAUACCAACAGGCUGUAAUGCAGAUGGAAAACAGAAAAGCCAAGCAGUCACAAUCACAGCAGGAGCAGCCCCCGUCAGGUCCUAAUGGAGAGCUGAAAUUUCAACAGGAAGGACAGAAGUCUGAGCGAGAACCUGCAGCAGGAGCACCUGGAAAUGCAGUUUUAGAGGCAGAAAAUGCCCUCCCUGCUGAACCACCUGGUCAUAUACCAGAGCCUGAGAAGAAACAAGAACAACAAAAUGCUAUUCAGGAGCAGUGAAGAAAGGCAUAAAUAAAAGCUUCGGAACCUAUACCAGAAUGUGACUUUCACAGUACCCCUUAUGAGAAUUGAGACCACAAUAAAAAGAUACAUUCAUUCCUGAAAUCGAAUAGGACAGAAUGAGAAAUAGGCUUGUGGAAAAGAGCACAGUGCAGCUGCUUUGUCUUAAGCUGAGAAAUGGCUUAAAACUUGUAUUUUUCCAGUCCAAUAUCCAGCAGCAAAAACACUCAUGACCUCGUUUGCCUCACAGAAGUCUGUUGAAUAACUACAGCAUUAUUUUUUUCCUCUAAAAAGUGAGAUCUGCCAUAGUGGAGUUCCACAUCCUAUUUAUUACUACAAUAUUUACUUUAUUCAAACAGAACAGCAUUAGUUUGUGUUUUGUAAACAGUUGUGAUUUCAAGAUGGUUUCUUUCAAGUCUACGUUUCUUCAGUUCAAGUAUCCAUAAUUUACACUUGCUUGUGGUUUCAUUUGUGCAAAACAAUCUAUGUGAAAGUGGUCUGUUUCACCACUGCCACGUAAUAAAUUUUGAAAGUUUGUUUUUAGAAAAUUUUGGUGUAAAAUCACAUGCUGUCUCAUUUUCAGGUUAUUCCACACAAAAUGUUAGGCAAGAAUUAAACAAAUGAGUUUUUCACAUCCUUCAGUAAAAUAAGCAAACUACCUACAUUUUAUCUGUGUGUAUAAAAGUAUUAAGGACACACAAGUUAUUAAAACCUGCUUUUUAAUUUUA